GUGCCUCUGGGACAGGAAGUGACGCCAUCGCGCCAGGCGCGCAGGGGCCGGGCAGCGGAAGGCGGGGGGCGCCAUCUUUGUUGGGGUCGAUGCCGGCGGAGAAGAUGGCGCUGGACGGGCCCGAGCAGAUGGAGAUGGACGAUGGGAAGGGCGGCUCGGGGCUGCGGCAGUACUACCUGUCCAAGAUCGAGGAGCUGCAGCUCAUCGUGAACGAGAAGAGCCAGAACCUGCGGCGGCUGCAGGCGCAGAGGAACGAGCUGAACGCCAAGGUGCGGCUGCUGCGGGAGGAGCUGCAGCUGCUGCAGGAGCAGGGAUCCUACGUGGGAGAGGUGGUGAGAGCCAUGGACAAGAAGAAAGUGCUUGUCAAGGUGCACCCCGAGGGGAAGUUUGUGGUAGACGUGGACAAGAACAUCGACAUCAACGACGUGACCCCGAACUGCCGCGUGGCCCUGCGGAACGACAGCUACACCCUGCACAAGAUCCUGCCCAACAAGGUGGACCCGCUGGUGUCCCUGAUGAUGGUGGAGAAGGUCCCGGACUCCACGUACGAGAUGAUCGGAGGCCUGGACAAGCAGAUCAAAGAGAUCAAGGAAGUGAUUGAGCUGCCUGUGAAGCACCCGGAGCUCUUCGAGGCGCUGGGCAUUGCCCAGCCCAAGGGGGUGCUGCUCUAUGGCCCCCCCGGCACAGGCAAGACCUUGCUGGCCAGGGCCGUGGCCCAUCACACCGACUGCACCUUCAUCCGCGUGUCGGGCUCCGAGCUGGUGCAGAAGUUCAUUGGGGAAGGUGCCCGCAUGGUGCGGGAGCUGUUCGUGAUGGCCCGGGAACAUGCGCCCUCCAUCAUCUUCAUGGAUGAGAUCGACUCCAUCGGCUCGUCCCGCCUGGAGGGCGGCUCGGGCGGGGACAGCGAGGUGCAGCGCACCAUGCUGGAGCUCCUCAACCAGCUGGAUGGCUUCGAGGCCACCAAGAACAUCAAGGUGAUCAUGGCCACGAACCGCAUCGACAUCCUGGACUCGGCUUUGCUGCGCCCCGGCCGCAUCGACAGGAAGAUCGAGUUCCCCCCUCCCAACGAGGAGGCCCGCCUGGACAUCCUCAAGAUCCACUCCCGCAAAAUGAACCUGACGCGGGGCAUCAACCUGCGCAAGAUCGCCGAGCUGAUGCCGGGGGCGUCGGGCGCGGAGGUGAAGGGCGUGUGCACAGAAGCAGGAAUGUACGCGCUGAGGGAGAGGAGGGUGCACGUCACGCAGGAGGACUUUGAAAUGGCUGUGGCCAAGGUGAUGCAGAAGGACAGUGAGAAGAACAUGUCCAUCAAGAAGCUGUGGAAGUAAUGGUGGGGCUGGAGCUGCUCUGUGUGCUGUCACUUGAAUAAAGCGCAACUGAGGCCAGGCCUGGGCACUGAUUUGGGGACAGGGUGGGGCCAGGACUCGACACAGUUUCCCCCCCCCUCCCCCCAGAGCUGCAGGACUCAACACACCCCCACAGUGCUGCUGCUAACUGGUUUUAUUAAAAAAUAUCCAAAAUAGACCAAAAAAAAAAAAAAAAAAAAAGGUUACACGAGAGGCAGAGCAGGCACCCCUGAGCCUGGGAACACCCUGGGAAUAUGUAAACGCCCCCCCUCCCCUUGGGAGCCUGCAGGUGGGGGGCCAAGGCACUUCAAGGGAACUGGCAGGGGGUGGCAGUGAUCCCCUCCCUCCCCAGUUAUCUCCAGUUCUUGGUGCCCAGUGACCCCACUGCCCCCAGGCUCCCGUGGGCAGAGCUACCCCCUCUGCCCCCUCAAGACGCAUCACUAAUUAUGUAAAACAGGGGGGAGGGGGUGGAGGAAUGAACUGAUUGUCAAACACUUAACCUGAACCCUUGGCUCCUUGUCGUAAGGGAGCCUUGGAGCACACCCUGAGCUCCCUGCAGAGCCCGGGCCACAAGUGCAGGGAAGAGGAACUCAAUAUAUUAAUCAAAUACAAACCCACUGUACAAAACG